UAUAACGGUGGAAGCACCGAUCGUUGUGCAGCAAGAACAAAACAAGGCAGCCAGUGUGGUCGCAUGGCACGAUUAUUUAAUGACAUGCGUUCACCUAUUUGAGCUGAUCCAUUUGGAUGAGAUCGUCUCACAAUGUAGAAAUCACACCGUUUCCCGCUAUACAGCCCAGGCAUAAUGGUGAGGUUGAGUGUGAAGUUGCUGUGCGCUGCGGUGGCUGGAGCCCCACCUCCUCCCACGCUCUGAUGAGUAGAGGGAGGGUGAGAGAGGAGCAACUACACUAUCUCACCACUUGCUCUCUGAAAAUGCUUCAGACGGGCUUCUUGUUCAGGGCCGGUUAGUGAUUCCGUUUUUGCGUUUCAAACAUGCCAUUUGUGUUGCUGUGGUUUAGACACCCAGUGCGACCUUAGAGUGCUCUCGGCUACUUGUGAAAGGAAGCGCCGGAGAAACUUGGACCACAGGGAUGCGCCAGCGACUUUAUAUCUUGGCAGGGAUCAGUUAUUCCGAGUUGAAAAUGGCACGCAGUGUGUUAUCCCUGUGGAGUGAGACUCUUAAUUUUCCAUCUGUAGCAUAAAAUAAUCUAACACAAACCACUCAUAACUUCGGUUAUAACCUAAUAUUCAGACGGACGGAAAGCCACGGUCGGACGAGGGACGCCGGAUCCUGAAUUUGAUACGGAAAGUUUAAAAUGAUAUGACCGGAUUUUGUGGCUGCUGAAGUUAUUGUGACGGAGGUCUGAGGGUGCCUCCGGGCGCACCGGUGGACAUAUCAGCUGCGGACGAUUUGGCUACGCGACAGGCGGUUAUAGAGAAGUCUCCGGCUCAGACAGCUCUUCUGAUGACCUAAUGGAACUGAAUUUACAAGUAGUGCUGUUUUGGGUCCUGAUGCUGCACUGUGGCUCCGCUGAAGGUGGUAUCCUGUACCGGGUCCAGGAGGAGCAACCUCCCAACACUCUUAUUGGGAGCCUGGCAGCAGACCAGGGACUUCCAGACUCAGGUCACCUCUACAAGCUGGAAGUGGGUGCACCUUACCUCCGUGUUGAUGGAAAGACAGGAGACAUUUUCACCACAGAGAUUCCCAUUGACAGAGAGACCCUGAGGGACUGUCGAUCCCUGACUAAGGGUAAGCCCUGCUACCUGGAAUUUGAAGUAUCAGUGACAGAUCUGAUACAAAAUCAGAGCCCACAACUCAUUGAAGGGCGCAUUGAGGUGCAGGACAUCAAUGACAACACCCCCCAGUUUCCGUCUUCUGUGCUAACCAUCUCCGUCCCUGAGAACACAAUCAUGGGGGCGCUGUUCUCCAUACCUUUAGCUACUGACAGGGACUCAGACAGGAAUGGGGUUGCUGGCUAUGCGCUGACUGCGGGGCCAGAUGCAGCAACCCUGUUUGGUUUACAAGUGGCUGAUGACAGGGGAGGGAAACUCCCACAGCUCAUUGUCCUGGGCAACCUAGAUCGAGAGUUAAAGGAUUCCUAUGACCUGACCAUCAAGGCAGUGGAUGGAGGAAAUCCUCAGCGCUAUAGCAGUGCUUUGCUGAGAGUGGUAGUCACUGAUGCCAAUGACAACUCUCCUAAGUUUGAAAAGUCCAUGUAUGAGGCAGAAGUGUUGGAAAAUAGUCCAGUGGGGCACUCUGUGUUGCAGGUCAAAGCAAAUGACUCGGACAUGGGCCCUAAUGGAGAAAUAGAAUACACUUUUCACCAAGCAGUAGACCCAGUACCAAAACUCUUACGAAUUGACCGGUCCACUGGUGUUAUUUAUGUUAAAGGGCCACUAGACAGGGAGGAACUCAGCAUCCUGUCUUUCUAUGUGGUGGCGAGGGAUAAGGGUCCUCAACCUAAAAGCUCAAAGACAUUUGUAAACAUUGAGGUGACUGACCAAAAUGACAAUGCUCCAGCUGUGGAGAUUCGGGGGAUCGGUCUUGUGACACACAGUGAAGGAGUGGCUAACAUUUCAGAGGACAUGCCAAUUGGAACAGCCGUUGCUUUGGUGCAAGUCUCUGACAAGGAUGAGGGAGAGAAUGCUGUGGUCACUUGUGUGGUUGCAGGAGAUGUGCCCUUCCAGCUCCGCCCUGCCAGUGACUCAUCCAGUGACAACAAGAGGAAGUAUUUUCUACAGACCACAACUCCUCUCGACUACGAAAGGAUUAGGGAUUAUCGAGUAGAAAUUGUGGCUGUGGAUUCAGGAAAUCCAGCGCUCUCUAGCACAAACUCUUUGAAGGUGCAGGUGACUGAUGUGAACGAUAACUCUCCAGUAUUCUCCCCAGCCUUGUUUGAGGUAGAUUUUGCUGAAGAAAACCAACCUGGGGAAAAGGUUUUGGAUGUUAGAGCUUUGGAUGCAGACAGUGGUACUAAUGCGGAACUUCUCUAUAAUAUUGUUGCAGACUCAUCCAUCAAAGGUUUAUUUGAGAUUGACCCAAAUACGGGUGAAGUACGAGCCCGAAGCCCACUUGAUCGUGAGCAUAAAGAACAAUAUGAGUUUCGAGUUACUGCAGCAGAUAAAGGUUCACCUGUUCAUAAGGGGACGGCAACUGUUGUAAUAAAAGUCCUUGAUCGCAAUGAUAAUGACCCCAAAUUUAUGCUUAGCAGCUACAGCUUUUCAGUUUUGGAAAACAUGCCUCCCCUCAGCCCAGUUGGUAUGGUGACAGUCCUUGAUGUGGACAAAGGUGAGAAUGCUCAUGUUCGCCUCUCUGUAGAGCCUGAUGGAGGGAAGUUUGUUGUUCAAAAUGGAACAGGCACCAUUCUCUCAAGUAUCUCAUUUGACAGAGAGAAGGAAAGCAGCUACACCUUCCGUCUAAAAGCAGUGGAUGGAGGAGAGCCACCCAGGUCUUCAUAUGUGGGUGUUACCAUCAAUGUACUGGAUGAAAAUGACAAUGACCCCGUGGUCACUAAGCCUGCCAAUUCCUCCUUCAGGCGUUUGUCACCUUUAGCUUCCCCAGAUAGCCAUGUGGAGUUAGUGGAAGCUGAGGACCUCGACAGUGGGUCUAAUGCAGAGCUGGUCUUCAGUAUAGCUGGUGGAAACCCUUACCAAUUAUUUCGCAUUUCUCCUUCCAGUGGGGAGAUCACUCUAGCAAAAGAGAUGACCCGAAAACAUAGUGGACUACAUCGCCUAGUGGUGCGAGUGAGUGACAGAGGGAAGCCUGCACGUCAUGCCACUGCCCUGGUGCAUGUCUAUGUCAAUGAAACCAUUUCAAAUGUCAGCUUAGUAGAAGCCCUAGUUGGACACAGUCUUUACACUCCACUAGACAGGGACAUUGCUGGUGAUCCUGACAAUGGUUUUGCUGCACAGCGUAGCAACAUUUUGUUUGGAAGCCUUGCUGGUGUGGCAGGUGUUGUCAUGUUGAUCUUGGUGGUGGUAUUUAUUCGGCACCGCAUUCAGAGGGAAACUAAAAGUGGGUAUCAGGCUGGCAAAAAGGAAACAAAAGACUUAUAUGCACCCAAACAGACACCAAAGAAUGCCAAAGGCAAAAGAGGAAGGAAAGGCAAACCCCAGAAGUCCCCAAAACCACUUGGGGAAGAGGAGGAGGUCAGCCUUCAAAAGGGUCUCAAGUUCAACCUUGAUGGAGUCAACGAUAGCCCCAGGAUACACCUGCCUUUAACAUAUUCACCAGGAAGCCCUGAUAUAGGAAGGCACUAUCGCUCCAACUCCCCCUUACCCUCCAUCCAGCUGCAAGCCCAAUCCCCGUCAGCCUCACAGAAGCAUCAGGUUGUCCAAGACUUGCCUGCUGCCAACACCUUUGUAGGAACAGGAGGAGAUGACAACUCCACCGGAUCAGACCAGUACUCCGAUUACAGCUAUAAGACCAGUCAACCGAAGUACAACAACAAACAGCAUCCCCAUCGGCGAGUGACCUUCUCCACCACCAACCCUGUGCAGGACCUGCAGGAUGCCUCUCAGCACAGUUACUAUGACAGCGGCUUGGAGGAAUCUGAAACUCCCAGCAGUAAGUCAUCAUCUGGUCCCCGCACUGGACCCCUGACCCUGCCGGAGGACCACUAUGAGAGAACCACUCCAGAUGGCAGCAUUGGUGAGAAUGAACACCCGGAAAAUGAUAUCCGCUCCCUCCCUGAUGUGGCAAUGACCGGAAACUGUACAACUGAGUGCAGUGAACUGGGCCACUCAGACGCCUGCUGGAUGCCCGGGCAUCCCUCCCCUGUACGCAAGACCAGGAACCUCCCGAAACUCUCCACCUUUGUGCCUUACCAGGAGAGAGGGAGCCUGGGACGCCUGGCAAAUGGGAGUGCCAGGCUGGGUGGCGAGGAGCACCGGUCGCACCUUCCGCCCUCCCGUAGUGCCUAUUCCAGCAGUGGUCACAAUGCCAGUCAGGACUGCCCCUUAGAGGAGAUGCCCCUGAGCGUAGCCUCUGAGUUCCCACCCACCUCCCCUUCUGCCCAUACUCCAAAAAGAGAAAUUUACCUGUGAGUUAUCUGCACAUAUGAGGAAACAAUACAUCCACUUCAGAAGGAAAACAGGUCGUCCACACACUAAAGCCAGUGCCCAUUAUGUUGGUAAAACAGGCUGUGACUUACUCACUCAUUGGCAUGAACACUUGUUUUUGUCAUUUCCUCCUUAAAUUAUUAAUUUAUUAGCAUAUUUAUUACGGAUUCCACAAAGUUAAUUGAUCCCUUGCUCAUUUAUUUGUACAAAAUCUUGAAGGAUACAGUUCAAACAAAUCUAAAGGAAAUAUCAAUGGCAAUUGCUACUUUAGUAGUAAGUAAAUAUUGUUGUAGCCUCAUUCUGUGAAGUGAUCUCUUAAAUUUGAAAGUUGUGAUCAGUGCCAUUAUUAGAUAUAAUUUAAUAUACAGCCACUAAGGACCCACAAAAAGGCAUAACAGCUUUGAAUAGCAAUCAAAUGAAACGGUCUAUUUUAAUGUACAGUGCUGUAAAUACAUUUGAAUGGCGUGUUCUACAUAUAUUUUUGUCUGGCAUAAGCUGAAAAAAAUUGCCUCAGAAUUUUAGCACAUUUAGGCUUUUCUUUGCUGCUGCUGUUUAAACUUGAUUGAAACCAUCUCAAGAAGUGAAGCUUGAUGUUGUGGAAGGCAUUUAUCCCUCCCAUGCAAUCACACACACCUUUGACCCCUAAUCAUAGUAGAAUGGCCUUUACCUCUGCUCCCUGUAGAGCACUGCCACUGGUGGAGAAACCUGUCUGGCAACAUUUAAACUGACAUUAUGUUCCACUGACUCUCAGCACUGUGACCUAUCGUUCAUCAUGAAAACGGUUGACUUGGCCACAGUACCCCGCAGUCACAAUGACCGAACAUGGUGUUCUCACAUUCUGAUUGGCUUAUCUUAUAAAACCACACCAGUGUAUUAAACUCUCUUCUCUAUCAUGACAAUCAGAGGGGGUCUACAUGUAACUCACAGUCCUUCCCUCUAAAAUUCAGUCCUUUUCCAUUAAAUUGAAUAAAAACUGUGCAUCUAAUGAAUGCAUGAGGAGUUCGUUACAUGAAAGAACACUUGACUGUUGCGCAUCACAGGAGAGACAAAGUACUUUUGAAAGUUAAUAUGACACUGUAAACUAAAUGAGUGCUCUACAUUCACAGUGCUUUUGUUUUUCCAAUUAUGAACUCUCACUAGAUAUACACCAUUCUUCUUCAGAGGUGAAUUCAAUACACAUUAUGCUGUGUGACAAUGGAAAUGACUGAACAGACGAUGUGGACCUUGAAGUCUACUAAAUAGAUGGCACUGAAGAAACCUUCAGCAUUACUGUCGAUAGCAUGAAUGAUUUAAAAAAAAAAUAUUUGUUUCAAGUCUCAGUAAUGAUUAUGUGCAAUUGCAGAAAAUCACUGAGCCUAAAUGUAGAUUUAGAUAAUAGGAGUCAGGCUCAAUUUACUCCAGCUCCUGUUAAUUAUGAUUUUCCUUGUAUUGAGGACAACAUGUUUAAUAAGUUAUAAGGCAUUUUUUCUUUCUCUGGCUAUUGAACAGAGAAUUUAAAAAAAGAGGACAUGCCUGUGGGCUUCAUUUAUCUUGACAAAGACUUUCCAAGUGAAUCUGAAAGAUAUGUCUGAAGGACACUAUAUAUUAGUCAGUAAUUGGCUGUGAAUGAUGACUACACUAGCCUGCCUUACAACAUCGUGGAGCUGUCGAGUGGCUUUGAUUUAAAUAUUGAUUUGAUUAGAUUUGUAGAUACCUUUCACCUCUGCAGAGUAUUUCCAUAGUGAGAUUGUGUCUUUGAGUAACGGUGGAAGUGCCCAAAAUGGACAUUUCCUAAUUAGGGUGAGUAAUGAGUCCUGAGCUAGUAUGUGUGAGCACACCCCCAGGACAAGGUGUCUACCAGAUAAUGCAAAUCCACCUGCAGAGCUACAAUCAGUUAAAAGUGGUAUUUUUAGCAGCACUUACCGCAUCAUGCUGCCAUUGAAAACUGCAUUUACAAUAAUUAAACUGAAAACAUAUGGAAAUUACUGGACAUGGCCAUGAUUAAAUAAGGUGGGCGAUUAGCUUGCCUUGAGGGGGAGAAAGUGCAUUAUGCUGUUUUCAAAGCCAUUUAGCAACUGAAAUAAAAUUAAAACAACAGCCAUGAUACCCUGUGAUUAACCCCCCACCCCCCCAAUCCCACUCAGAGUGGUGAAUAGUUGCUCCACGAACUGAAAGUAGUGGUUAAGUUCACUGACCCGGAAUUAAAGACAAGUGUGAAUGAUGGAAAUGAGUGUUCAAAACAGUGUGACAUAGCUUCAAUCACAACUUUAAAUUAAUUGAAAUGAUUUGGUUUGGUUCUGAUUCACAACUGCAUGGCAUCCAGAUUUGUCUCUGGAUUUAAAUCUGAACUCGAUUCCAGCCUAAGUACACUUGUCGCUUUUGAGAGCCUGUAAUGUAUCUUCAGAUUUGUCUCUUUGAACACCACAUCAUAAAAUAAAUGGGGUUACUCUGAGCAAAUAAGUCAUUAUCAUCGGUUGUUGCUCCAAAUGGAUUGACAGGAGUUUGAUUGAAGUCCUCUGUAAAACAGAAAGCCUGGGCCUAUUUUACCCCUCUCUUGAUGAGUCGGACUCUAUCACUCCAGCCGAUUAUGACCUCCUGCUACUCACCCCAGAACAAUAUAUCACCAGGUUUGACCUUUCUUUUGAACUCAUGCUGAAUGAACUGCGUUCACUUCUCUCUCAAACAUGGAACAGCUCUCCUUGAUUGAAGUCAGAGGACAUCAUGAAGCGCCUAAAUACACUCAAAAUAUGUUGAAUAAUGUUUAAUUUGUACUUAACAUUGAUUUAAUGUUGAAUUCACUUGAGUAUCUUUUGCCUCUGUAGUGUGUAUUGUAUAGUGAACAUUUCUGUGGACAGAUGGACAAAUUACUGUACUUCACAAAAUUGGCAAGGAUUUUUUUCUUACUGAUCAAAGACUCUUAGCGAGCAGGUUGUGUGAAAAAAAUAAAGAAAUCUGUUGGUGGUUUAGUGUAUGUAUAUAGAUUUCCACACCCCUGUGUCUGCUGGCAAGCAGGUGAUGAUUUUAGCAUGAAUUCCAAAGAUAAUUGGUAGAAACUGUUUACUCCUUUUUUUUAAUUUCGCUUUCUGAAAUGUCAGAGAUGGUUCAUAUUCUAAAGGCCCUCUCCCAAACGAACUGAAAUUAACUCAACGUUUCUUCUUUUUUCACAGAUCAUAUAGAACAGACAAUUGCCUUGAAAAUAUGUCUUUGCAAGAGAGAAUCUAGUUGUUAUCCUAAUUGUUGGUAUAUUUAUAUAGGAUAAAAUGCUUGUGAUUGAUGCCAUGUUUUUGUACAGUUUUAUGUACAUACAAGUGAAGCUUUCUAAAAGUUCUGAGAAAACCCAAUGGCAUAUAAAAAUUGUACUGUGUUUUCUUGAGAUGUGCACAUCUUGCCUUGGUUGGAUUGACCUUUGCUGAGUCAGUGUGAAUGUGGCCGUUCUCUGCCUGCACUGUAGUCAUUCACCGGCUCCCACCUCCUGAGGACUUAUUCAGUUUUUAUGUUUAUUGUGAACAGUGGAUUGUCUUAUCUUACCAGUUUGUUAAACUCCUGUGUUCUGCUUUGUUCUGUUUUCGCAUGUUGACAAAUUCUCUUGUAAUACUGUAAGUCCUCAUGAACUUUGUAAUAAAAUCACUUCAGGGAAAAAUGAA